UCAUUGCGGUUUGGUGAAUCAGGUGGUGUGUUUAUGUAUGUGCACAUAUGCGUGCCUGCAUGGAGGAGAUUCAUUAAUAAUCCUCUUGAUAUGCACACUAUUUCCUCAUAUACAUUAACAAAAUGAGCACAUUGAAUAUUAAUUGUCAGUCCUUUCUGCCACUGCAUUUGACAGCUAACAGAUGGAUAGAGCUGUUACAUUGUCAGAUUUGUGUCCCCUCUGGCUGCAGCUUAGUUCUAGGAUUAUAUUAAAGGGAAUGUUUGUAAUCAUGUGACUGCUGUCUCUACUGGGACAGAAUAAAAAGCUCCAAACUAAACCACUCAGAGAUUGCCUCUGUGUGUCUGUGAAUACUUAAAAAAAAGAAAUAGGUGGAGUACUUUAAUUUCCAAAAUCCAGUUGAAAAUUAGAGUAAGUAAAGAGUAACAGCACAGUAUGGAGAAACAAUAAAUUUAAGGCUUAAAUGUCUCAGGAAAAGUCAUACAUGAAUAAAGUUAAACAUCUUAGUGAAGAACAGUGAUAAAAACUAUAAUUUACUCCAGGAAUCGUGGGAAAUACUUGCUUUCCUGUUAUUAUAAAACAUAAAUAUAUAAAAGGAAUGUUGCACUCAUCUUUGACUUCAUUAAACAUUGUUUAAGUCAAUAUAAUUCUGUUAAAUGGAAAUAUCCCCAUGCCGAUGUAUGGUGCUCUGACCGUGGUGCUGAACUCCAUUAUAACUCCUUACCAUUACAUGUGAGCUCUAACAUGUUCCAAAUGCAUAAAGUACAUAUUGUUUGUGUUUAUUAUAUUACUAUAGAUGCACUUCCCUCUUUUUUCCACAUGAGGCCGCUGUUGAUCCAUCAAAAACAGCUCAGCUCCUUCAUAAAAUGAGGCUCCUCCUGUUUUCAGGAGUAUUUCUCCUCAUCCUUUGUUAUAAAGACACAGAGGAUGGUGGGAAAAGCACGCUGACAGAAUUUAUCAAGCCUAAAGCUUUUAUUGCAUCUUUAUUUUUUUCAUUCUUAUUAUUUGGAGGAUUAUUUGGUCUCUGACUCUUGAAAAGAAAUGAAUUUUGGUUUUGAAAGGAGCCAUUUCAGGAUGUAUUUAUGGAUUUUUCUGCUGGAAUGCUGCUGCCAAAUGGUGGCUGGGCAGCUCUCCUAUUCCGUCUCUGAGGAGGUAGACCCAGGAACUCCUGUAGGGAAUAUCGCAAAGGAUCUAAACCUCAAUCCACAAGAUUUGGAAUCCCGCAUGUUUCAGAUUUCAGUUGGAUCAAAGAAAAAAAUAUUUGAGGUAAAUCUUAAAACUGGAAUUCUCUUUGUCACUGAGAGAUUAGACAGAGAGGAGCUGUGCUCAGAACAGCUCAAAUGCCAGCUGAGUCUGGAAGCUGUAAUAAAUGAACCUUUAAAGCUCUAUCGGAUUGAAGUAGAAAUUAUAGAUGUAAACGAUAACGCACCUUUAUUUUCGUCCAAGCAGCAACAUUUAUAUAUAGCAGAGAGUACUUUACCUGGAGUGAAAUUCGCAUUGUCUGAAGCAGCUGAUGCUGAUGUAGGGAAGAAUGGCAUCAAUACUUACAAAUUAAGCCAGAACCAUCAUUUUUCUUUAGCGGUGCAUAAAUCAAGUGGCAGUAUGUCUGCGGAGUUGGUGCUUCAGAAAGCGCUGGAUCGAGAACGGCAGCCUGUGAUAACCCUGACACUGACGGCCGUGGACGGGGGAACUCCUGCAAAAACCGGGACCUCACAGGUCGUUAUCAAUGUUUUAGAUAUUAAUGAUAAUAUUCCAGUUUUCAGUGAAUCCCUGUAUAAAACAAAAGUUUAUGAAAACACGCAGCUGGGCGCAACCGUCAUUGUUGUGAACGCAACCGACGCAGAUGAGGGAUCAAACGGCGAAAUAAUGUAUUCACUAAGAAGCAAAGAUCAGGAUCACAUAUUAGAUGUGUUUGAAAUCGAAGCUGAAACGGGUGUCAUCAAAAUCAAAGGUAGUGUAGACUAUGAGGAGAGAAAGGCUUUUGAGAUCCGCGUGGAAGCCAGCGACAAAGGCCAGCCUCCCAUGUCUGCUCACUGCAAGGUGCUGGUGGAAGUCGUGGAUGUAAAUGACAAUAAACCUACAGUCAGUGUGACGUCACUGCAUGCCACAGUAAGAGAGGACGCUGCUGCAGGCACAGUGGUUGCACUCGUCUCCAUUCUUGAUAAAGAUAGUGGAGAAAAUGGUGACGUUGAGGUCCGCGUUGAAAGUAAGGCACCGUUCAAACUUGAAACAAACUACAAAAAUUAUUAUUCGUUGUCGGUUAAUGGACUGCUGGACAGGGAGAACGUUUCAUUUUAUAACGUCACUAUUGUCGCAAAUGAUAAAGGAAGUCCGCCUCUCUCCAGCAAGAGUGUCAUACCUAUUAGAGUUUCUGAUGUGAAUGAUAACGCACCACUUUUCCCAGAUUCUAUGAUUAAUAUUUAUGUCAAAGAGAACAGUGCAGUGGGGGCAGUUAUUAAAACCAUGACAGCAUAUGACACUGACACUGAGGAAAAUGGACGAGUCAAAUACUCUUUAAUUCAAAGUGAUAAUAAAUUUCCUUCUCAAGUUAAUAUAAACUCAGAAACAGGAGAAAUAAUUUCUUUGAAGUCCUUUGAUUUUGAGAAGCUGAAAACGUUCCAGUUCAAAGUUCAGGCCACAGACUCUGGUGUUCCUCCGCUCAGCAGCAACGUGACUGUGAACGUUUUUGUUCUGGAUGAAAAUGACAACAGUCCCUCCAUUCUUGCUCCUUACUCUGAGCACGGCUCCGUUAACAGCGAGAACAUCCCAUAUUCUGCUGAAGCGGGAUACUUUGUGGCAAAGAUCAGGGCUGUGGACGCAGACUCUGGAUACAAUGCUCUGCUUUCUUAUCACCUGUCUGAGCCCAAAGGAAACAACCUGUUCCGGAUCGGAACCAGCAGCGGGGAGAUCAGGACUAAGAGGAGAAUGAGCGACAAUGACCUGAAAAGUCACCCCUUGCUGGUGCUGGUUUGUGAUCAUGGAGAACCUUCUCUGUCAGCUACUGUGUCCAUUGAGGUGGUGGUUCUGGAAAGCAGCGCUGACAUGCAGACUCCAUUCAGACACGUGCCUCUAAAGGAGGACAGCUUCUCGGAUUUGAACCUGUACCUGCUGAUCGCCAUAGUGUCGGUGUCCGUCAUCUUUCUGCUGAGUCUCAUCAGUUUGAUGGCUGUCAGAUGCCACAGGACAGACGCAAGUUUCAGCAGGUACAGCGCUCCAAUGAUCACCACCCACCCUGACGGGAGCUGGUCUUACUCCAAAGCUACUCAGCAGUACGACGUGUGUUUCAGUUCGGAUACUCUCAAGAGUGACGUGGUGGUUUUCCCCGCACCGUUUCCUCCUGUAGAUGCAGAACUGAUCAGUAUAAACGGAGCAGACACUUUUACCAGAACUCAGACUUUACCCAACUCAGAGAAGGUAAGAACAUCACUUAUAUUUAUUCUUAUUUUAUUUAGAGACCUCAGAGUACAGCUGCUACUCUUUCACAUCCAGAGGAGCCAAUUCAGUUGGCUCAGUCAUCUGAUUCUGCUGUCUUCCUGGGGAGGGAAUCCACCCAGUGGGACAUGACUGGAAGUUGUUUCGGGCAUGUGCUACUGGGCGGAGACCUGAGAAUAGACCCAGGCUGGCCUGGGAAGGUAUUGAGGUGCCCUAGAGGAGCUGGAGGAAGUAGAUUGUAGAGGGAAGUCUUGUCAUCUUUGCUUAGAUUACUACCCCUAGAACCCUAUCCCAGAUGAACAGAAGAAAAUAAAUGGAUGGAUAGAGUAAAAACACAUCUUUUACAACUAAUUUUCAAUCCCAUAAAAAAAAA